AUGAAAACCAAGAAUAUAAUAAGAUCAUUAAUAUUCAAAGAGAUCACUAACAUUCAUCAAAUUGAGUCUGUACGUGCUUUGAAUUGGAAAGAGUUGACCAAUUCCAUUGAACAGAUUGUGUGUUAUGGAUACAGUGAAUUGGUUGGACCUAUUACAAAGAGAAUCUAUUCACUUAAGAAAGAUGAGACGAUAUACGAUCAAUUCAGUGGUAAAUCUAUGGUUUACGCUGCACAAUAUUGCACAUAUGUAGCGGUGAAACAUCAUAGACUAGAGGUGCUGAAGAAACUGCUCAAACAUCCAACUAUCUUCCCUUUGGAGAAUAGAGAGUUGUUUCGUUCGGUACAAUUCAAUUGUGAAGAGAUAUUCGAUUAUCUCUUGGCCAAUAAUAUCUCAUGCAAUCAAGCGUGUAUCGGUGACGCCAUUGUUAUGGCUGCUACCAAAGGAUAUCUUCAUCUAAUGCAAAAGCUUAUCAAAUACAAUAAAUCAAUACAUGACAACUAUAAAAAUGAUAAUAAUAAUAAUAGUAGUAAAUCAACAUCAUGGCAAGAUAGAAUAUUACAGGCAUUCACUAGAAAGAGAGAACAUAAGCAACAAAAACAAACGGAAACAGAUCCACAAGAACGAUAUCCAACGUUGUAUGAAGAUAAUUUAAGUAAGGCAUUUAGACGUGCCGUUCAAAACGGACAUUUACAUGUGGUAGUUUGGAUGCAAGAGAAUCUCAACGACCAUCUCUUCUGUGGCACUAGAGUGAUGGAUUUAGCGGCCGAACACGGUUACUUGGAGAUUCUAAAGUAUCUUCACGAUAAUAGAGGUGAAGGUUGUUCGAGUGAAGCGUUGAGAGGUGCUGCCGAACAUGGCCACCUAGAAAUAAUCGAAUGGAUUCAUACAAACUACCCGUAUUCAAUUGAUCAUUCAAUUGAAACCGUUUCUUUAUUCAUGGAUUGGGAAUGUGGAAGUGUUCCAUAUUCAGUAUGUCAAUCUAGAAUCAAUAUAAUGUCUGGUCUUGGCUAUGACCAAGAUAAGAAUAAAGUAAUGUUUAUGGGCAAGCUUGACCCUUCUGGAACUGUAGUGGUUGCCUCGGUCUCUGGAAGUGGUGGCGGUGCUGUCACCAUUGAAUAUCCAAUCACCACUGAUAUUAUUCCUGGUUCCGGAUUCUCUGUCACCACCGGAAUGCAAGCCUAUGUCGAUUCUACAAACCUCGUCUACACUAUUGCUUCACAACGUCUGUCACAAGCAAUCGGUCCAUACUUUGCCAAUAACAACACUGUCAACUACAUCUGGUAUCCAAGAGGUUUCCAGCUGGCCACCUAUUUCGAUGAGUCCGAUCAGCGACUGUACACCUGUACCUUUGGAAUGUGGCGUGCCAACUACUUCCCAACUGGAUUCAUCGAUCAAAGUCAACAGUUUGCCAUGCUCGAGGAUUCCGCUGCCUACGACACACGUUGCUCCUUCAUUGGUAGAGCCGGAUCGAAUUUGUACAUCAUACAGUAUCAAUAUGACAGUCCUUUCAGAUCGACCGUCUCCACUAUCGAUCGUAACUGUGUUGGCUGUGCCAAAGCGACCGCUUUCACAUUGGUAGCAUCGCUACCGUUUGAAGUGACUGGAUUCGCCGUCAACAAUGCCGCUAUGUACUUUGGUACCAAAGCUGGUUACUACUCGAAUGAGACCGGUGUAUUUGAACUGCCACUCAGUGGUGACCUCUCAAAGUUGAGAAAGCUCAGUUCGAAGCCAGUGAUUGGUUUGUCGCUGAACGGUAACAGCGUGUACUUCUCAAGCACCGAUAACUCUAUCUCAAAGAUUGAUCUUUCUCAACAGAGUAGACCGGUAACUACACUCUACUCGAACAGCACAAGCUCAGGUUCGUGCGGUUGCGCAGUUGGCUUCACUGGACCAAACUGUCAGACAUGCACCAACGGUGUAACUCGUUGGACCAACGGAAUUCCGCAAUGCGUUGCAUUACUUCCGAAUGGACAACCAAGUAGCUGCCAACAAGACUAUGAAUGUGGUCAAGUCCCUAUGGCCUAUUGCAAUGGUGUUUGUUAUUGCCGACCAGGUUUCACUGGUAGUCGUUGUGAGACUUGUACCGGAACAGUCACAUGGGAUUAUGGUUAUCCAACAUGUAAUCUUUAA